GUGUUGGCCUAGAGAGGCCACUGACGGACAAGAGGGGAACCGAGGCUUCCGCUCAGCCCACAGGCAAGAUGGCCACGGCGGGGGGCGGCUCUGUGGCUGACCCGGGAAGUCAGGGUCUUCUUCGCCUUCUGUCUUUCUGCGUCCUACUGGCAGGUUUGUGCUGGGGAAACUCAGUGGAGAGGAAGAUCUACAUCCCCUUAAAUAAGACAGCUCCCUGUGUUCGUCUGCUCAAUGCCACUCAUCAGAUUGGCUGCCAAUCUUCCGUUAGUGGGGACACAGGAGUUAUCCACGUAGUAGAGAAGGAAGAGGACCUGCAGUGGGUGCUGACUGAUGGCCCCAACCCCCCUUACGUGGUUCUGCUGGAGGGAACACUUUUUACCAGGAGUGUGAUGGAGAAACUGAAGGGGAGAGCCCACCGAAUUGCUGGUCUUGCAGUGUCCUUGGCCAAGCCCAGACCCGCCUCAGGCUUCUCUCCUAGUGUGCAGUGUCCCAAUGAUGGGUUUGGUGUUUACUCCAACUCCUAUGGGCCGGAGUUUGCUCACUGCAAUGCAAUAAAGUGGAACUCCCUGGGCAAUGGCUUGGCUUAUGAAGACUUUAGUUUCCCCAUCUUUCUUCUUGAGGAUGAAAAUGAAACCAAUGUCAUCAAGCAGUGCUAUCGUGAUCACAACCUGAGUCAGAAUGGCUCAGCACCAGCCUUCCCGCUGUGUGCCAUGCAGCUCGUCUCUCACAUGCACGCUGUCAUCAGCACUGUCACCUGCAUGCGGCGCAGCUCCAUCCAGAGCACCUUCAGCAUCAACCCGGAAAUCGUCUGUGACCCCCUGUCCGACUACAACGUAUGGAGCAUGCUUAAGCCUAUAAAUACAUCUGGGAUGUUAGAGCCUGACGCCAGGGUUGUGGUUGCUGCCACCCGGUUGGACAGUCGUUCCUUUUUCUGGAAUGUGGCCCCAGGGGCUGAAAGUGCCGUUGCCUCCUUCGUCACUCAGCUGGCUGCAGCUGAAGCUUUGCAGAAGGCGCCCGAUGUGACCACUCUGCCCCGCAAUGUCAUGUUUGUCUUCUUCCAAGGGGAAACUUUUGACUACAUUGGCAGCUCCAGAAUGGUCUACGAUAUGGAGAAGGGCAAGUUUCCUGUGCAGUUGGAGAACAUUGACUCAUUCGUGGAGCUGGGACAGGUGGCCUUAAGAAAAUCACUAGAGCUUUGGAUGCACACAGACCCCGUGUCUCGGAAAAAUGAAGCUGUAGAGAAGCAGGUGAAGGACCUCCUGGCCACACUGGAGAAGAUUGGUGCUGGCAUUUCUACCGUAGUCCUCAGGAGGCCGGAUUAUUCCAAGCCUCUCCCACCAUCUUCUCUGCAGCGAUUUCUUCGAGCUCGAAACAUCUCUGGCGUUGUUCUUGCUGACCAUUUAAAUGUCUUCCAUAACCACUAUUACCAGAGCAUUUACGACACUGCUGAGAACAUUAACGUGAACUACCCUGAAUCGCAGAGCCCUGAAGAGGACCUGAACUUUGUGACAGACACUGCCAAGGCCCUGGCAGAUGUGGCCACAGUGCUGGGACGUGCCCUGUACCAGCUUGCAGGAGGAACCAACUUCAGCAACACCAUUCAGGCUGAUCCUCAAACAGUUACCCGCCUGCUCUAUGGGUUCCUGAUUAGAGCCAACAACUCAUGGUUCCAGUCUAUCCUCAGGCAGGACCUAAGGUCCUACUUGGGUGAUGGGCCUCUUCAGCAUUACAUUGCUGUCUCCAGCCCCACCAACACCACUUAUGUUGUACAGUAUGCCUUGGCAAAUUUGACUGGCCAGGUGGUCAACCUUACCCGCGAGCAGUGCCAGGAUCCAAGUAAAGUCCCCAGCGAAAACAAGGAUCUGUAUGAAUACGCAUGGGUUCAGGGCCCUUUGAAUUCCAACGAGACAGACUGGCUCCCCCGAUGUGUGCGUUCCACGGCACGACUGGCCAGGGCCUUGUCCCCUGCCUUUGAACUGAGGCAGUGGGGCUCUACUGAGUACUCGACAUGGACUGAGAGCCGCUGGAAAGAGAUCCGCGCCCGGAUAUUCCUGAUAGCCAGCAAAGAGCUUGAGUUUAUCACCCUGAUAGUGGGCUUCAGCGUCCUUGUCUUCUCUCUCAUCGUCACCUACUGCAUCAAUGCCAAAGCCGAUGUCCUUUUCAUUACUCCCCGGGAGCCAGGAUCUGUUUCUUACUGAAGAGGACCCCAGCUUUUCCUGCCAGCUCUGCAGUUCACUUCCUAGAUCAUUUGUCCCACUGGGACGUAAACCACUAGUUUGUCACUGGAACCUCUCUGGGCCUGGCUCAGACUGGGGUUAACAUAAAGAAGUGGAACUGCCCAAAAGAGACAGAGGUAACAGGUCACCUUCCCUCCCCAGCUCCCGCUUCCUAUCUCCCCUUCCCCAUUUCUUCUUCCUCACCCCUGCCAGACUCGGGGAUGACAAAUAGAAGCUUCUUGCUCCUGUUUGACUCCUAGCUACCCCACCCUAACUUACUCUUCUUCAGGAUCCUCUUUCCAUCUUGCCCUCUACCUCCCUCUUCUCCCUACCCCUACCCCCUGUCCACAACCACCUUCCUGACCAGGAAGAAGGACAUGAAGGGUUGAAUGCCAGGAACAAACUACAAGAAAGCCCUGAGGAGGAGGACAAGGAUGAUCUGUGGGCUGAGCCUGCUGUCUCCCUCCCAUUAUCCUGUCCCCAGGCCCUUAGGUGGCACAUCAGGGUGGGUGUGCUGCUGAGUGGGUAUUCCACCUUCAGCCCACAGUGCUCCGUAGUCAUUUUUAUUAAGCUGUAAAAUCUAUUUUUGUUGUUUUCUUUUUUCCUUUGCGUGUGUGUGUAAAUAUAUAAAUAUUGAAUUUCUUUAAAAUAAACUGUCCCACAUGACCUGUA